AUGAACGAGGAAUAUUAUCGCCUUAAACAUGGAACGGUAAAACAAGCUACAGUCGCUUCGGUGAGCGUGGGUCAAGGAAGAAGCGACCGUCAGGAUUUCACUCGAGACUUGACGAGCCGCGGACGAUUCGGAAAUCAACAGUUUCGACGUAGAGACGAACUGGUUCCUAGCCGACCUGUGACACCUGGGUGGAAAAAUUCUGGAGGAGAACGUUGUUUCAGGUGCAACAGUGUGUUUCACAGGCCGAAUGAUUGCAUUGCGAUUGAUAAAACCUGCUUGAAGUGUGGACGCAAAGGUCAUUUCAAGCGAGCCUGCAAGACAUUAAUCCGGACGGAAAACAAGCGUGUGGGUGAAGCAGACAGUUCGUACGUUGAAGCAAAGAAGAUUGCAAUGGUGGACAUGGAAGGAAACGCAAAGGAGGAAGAGAGACCAACCGAAGAUGAUGUAGGUGACAAUAAGUAUUGA